AUGGCUCCCCGCAGGAGGAAGCGCGGGGCCCAGCAGCCGGCGGCGGCCGAGGCACCGGAGCGGGCGGGCGCCCCGCCGAAGCGGGCCCGCGCCCGGGACGAGAGCAGCCCGGGGGGCGCGGGCAGCCCGGGGGGCGCCGGCCCCCGCGUCGUCAUCGAGCACUGCAAGAGCUGACGGGUGUUCGGGCGCAACGCGGCGGCGGUGAGCGAGGCCCUGCGUGGGGCCGUGGCCCACCUCCCCGUGGACAUCAAUCCCCGGCAGCCGCGCAGGAACAGCUUCGAGGUGUCGCUGGUGAAGGAGGACGGCAGCACCGUGGAGCUGUGGAGCGGCAUUGGGAAGGGGCCCCCCCGCAAGCUGAAGUUCCCCCAGCCGGAGGCCGUGGUGGAAGCCCUGAAGAGCAGCUUGGCAUAGAGGUGGCAGCCAGCCAGGCUGGGACCGGCACCCGCAGCGCAAGCGUCCAUGAAGAGGCGAGACGAAGUGGGGGGCACCUGCCGGCCCCAGUCCCGUCUCCGAUGCUGCAGCUCCGCCGCGGGCAGCCACCGCCGGACCCCCCGGCUCCCCUCACGUCCCCUCUGUCCCCCCGUUGUUCCCCAAUAAAGCUCGGCAGCCACAUGGCA